CAACUCUACAAUGCCCCGCACCAUCAAGACCACCCUCAAGGCCCUGUCCGGCGUCGGCGUCGAGGUGUCAACGGACAAGCUCACCCCCGGCCCCGUCCCGUCCGCCGCGACGUCCGAGUUCGAGUUCAUCGGCGACGAGUUUAACGGCACGGCCGUGGGCCACUUCACCAACGCGAUGCACGGCGAUGGCUCGGGCGACCUCAGUUACGGUACGUUGGCCCGCGCGCUCCCUGGCUCGCUUCGCUUGCUCACGCUCCACGCAGAGGGCAUCGCUAUCUUCACCGGCGCGAUCCUGGGCCACAAGGGAACCAUCGCGUACGCCGCCCGCGGGACGUGUACCCACAAGGACAUGCUCGUGAGCGCCAAGCUCGAGUUUAUUACGUCGACGGGGACCGGCGAGCUCAGCGCGAUUGCCGGUACCGGCAGCUACAGCAUGAAGAUUGGCGCCGAGACCACCGAGGUUACGCUUGCGAUUGGCUGCGCGGACGAGGGCAAGUAGGGUGUGGUUGUAGCGCGUAGCUGGUGGAUGAAUGUGGCAGCUGCCACGGCUGU